AUGAUUAAGGCCAUUACUUUGACAAAUGCACCUGAGAAUUUGAAAUUAACAUCACCAAGAGUGCAAAAAGAUAUUGUAAGUGCUAUUGUUUCUGAAUGUCUACAUGUGAUUUUCGAAAAUGUUCGUGAUAGUUUCUUCCCAAUUUUAGUUAAUGAAUCUCGAGACAUUUCUGUGAAAGAGCAAAUGUUAGUUGUCAUUGGUUAUGUGAAGAGUGGGUGUAUAUUGGAACAUUUUAUUAGUGUCAUUCAUGUUUUGAAUACCACAGCUGCCUCACUUAAGGCUGCAAUUAAUCAAUUAUUCUCAACGCAUAGCUUAAGCAUAUCUAAUUUGAGAGGUCAGGGAUAUGAUGGAGCUAGUAACAUCUGUGGCACAAAAAAUUCGAAGAUUGAAACUUUCUUCACUACAGUACAUAGAUUGGUGAAUAUUGUUGGAGGAUCAACUAAACGGAGUGAUCUUAAUCGAGAGAACCAAAGAAAGAAAAUUCUUGAAUCACUUAGUGUUGGUGAAAUAUCAAGCGAACAGGUCGAUGUCAUUGAGAUGAUUGCUAUUGAUACUAUAAGUACCGGAAAAAGAGCAGAUAUUCUAGAACUUGAUGAUCAACUAGAUAUGUAUAUUCUUGAUAUGCACACUUCUGAAGAUUUUGAAGAAUUACAAGGUAUUAGCGAUCUUGCACAGAAGUUGAUUGUGAAGAAUAAACAUGAAGUGUAUCCAUUAGUCUACAAACUUGUGACACUAACCUUAGUUCUUCCCGUGGCUACUGCUCCGAUCGAGAGAGCAUUUUCUGCAAUGACUUACAUCAAAAAUUGUCUUCGCAAUCGAAUCGAAGAUCAAUGGUUGAAUGAUAGUUUGAUUGUAUAUAUUGAGAAAGAUGUUUUUGAUAAGAUUGAAAAUGAUGUAAUUAUGGAAUGUUAUCAAAGUAUGAGAACACGUAGAUAG